AUGGGAUUCGGGACUGUCCCGCAGAAGUCUACAAGUAACAUCCAAAUAAAUACUUUAUACCAACAACAAGAACAUAAAGAGCUGAUAUUAACUGUGUAUCGUGGUCAAAUAAGAACACAUAAAAAAUUACAAAUAUUACAAAAUAAUGAGGGUAAUUUAAUAUCAAUGAAUACAUUUCUGUUAACAACAAAAAAUAUCAGUGCUGCUCUUCUAUUUUCUGAACAAGAUAAAAAUUCUACUUUAAAAUCAGUUUUAUUUCAAAUAACAAUUGAUACAAAAUCUUGUACUACGAAACCAUUUGCUUUUAUCACGACAGAUAGCCAUAUGAAAAUUGAAGAGGAAGUAUUGUUAACCAUCGGUACAAUUUUUCAAAUCGAAUCUGUUGAAGAAUUUAUGGGAAGGGAUAAAGGGGUCGACGUUGCGUCAAUAUUUAAGUUAGUUCUAGAAGCUCCAAAAUAUCCAACAACUGUUAAAUUUUCCGUGCAGAAAUAA